AUGAUGUCUACUCUUGCCUUUGGUAGGGCGGGCUCCACGCCGGGAGCGCCGCCAUCAGGAGCAGCAUCGGCGCCAGAGUGGGGAGAUGGGCUCGGCGGCGUUCUCUUCGGUACGCCGGCACAGAACAAGGGCAAGAGGAAGAAAGGGCGGCUGGAGCUGGAGCCGCCGGACUUCCCGAUUCCCGACCAUGGUGGUGGAACCCAAAGGAAGCGCUACACCUUGCAGUUCAAGGUGAAUGCCGUGAGGUACUCGCAGAGAAAGCUCAAGGGGGCGCAAGGACCGGGCGGGACUGUUGGCGUAACAGACGCUAGCAGGAUCCUCAAGAUUCCCGACAAGGCCACGUUGGCGACGUGGGUCAAAGACGUCAAGUACGAAGCCGCGCUUGCGGAGGAGACCAAGUACUCGCGAGUGAAGGGCAGGAAGAAAGCCAAGCACCGCAUGUCGCUGAACGUCGGACGGACUAGGACGCACACGGACGCCGAACGCGAGGUCGUGGACUGGAUCAAUGAUCUGCGUUCUGACGGCAUCUCCGCCCGUGUCUCGACGAGGAUGAUCAAGAACAAGGCCACGGAACUCAACCCGAACUUCUUCGGGGAGAGGCCGCCGCCGUCCGACAUCGAGGGCAACCUGCGGUACACCCGCAAGCAGACCGCGUGGUGCAGAAGGUUUCUCAGGGUCUACCGCUUUUCCGUGCGAGCCGCCACCCGUCAAGGCCAGAAACUUCCUACCGGCUGGCCCGUGAUCGCCAUGCAGGCGAAUAAGGAGUGGAGGAGGCUGAAGUACGACGUCCCUUCCGCGCUCGAGCUUGCGGACGGAGUCGAAUGCCUGGGGGCAGUGGCGGGAGGCAGCGCGAGCGGCAGCGGGGGUGGGAGUGGCGCUGGAGUUCCGUCGGGGCCGAGUCCCAGGUUCGCCUUCGCACAGAUCGCCAACAUGGAUGAGACUCCUACGUGGAUGGAGAACCCGGGGAACAACACUGUGAACCGCACCGGCGACAAGGAGGUUGGCGUCAAAACCGUCGGCAAGGAGAAGAUGCGCAUCACUUCGGUCCUGACGGUGUUCGCCGACGGCAGCAAGCUGCCGCCCCUCGUCAUCUUCAAGGGCCAGCCCACGCCGAAGGGGAAGGCCCCUGCCGCCAACAGCAUCGAGCGCGAGUUCAAGGACUACAAGGACAAGGAGGGCUACGCAUACCCUCGAGGUGUCGUCUACGCCGUGGACCCGAAGGCAUGGCACUCCCAGCGGGUGUUCAACGAGGUCUGGCUGCCUCAGGUGUGGAACCAGCGCCCGGGGCGGCAGGGUCGCCUGGGCGGCUACCGACAGCCUGACACGCUGCUGGCGUAGGACGACUACACCGUCCAC